GCGCAAUAGAUAGUUUAAAAAUAUCAAAUUAAGAAAGAGAAUAAUGUCAGAAAUCAGCUAUCUUCUGUAUCGUCUAAUCGCGGUAUUUACUAUCGUAACCGCGGAUUACUGCAAUAUACAAUCAUGUAGUGAGAAGAGCAGUCAUACUAUGUGCCGAUAUUCCUUAACAACACCAGCAACGAAAUGUGAACAAAUAUAUGAAACUGGUCUUAAUAAUGUUGAGAAAAAGACAAUAUUAGAUAAACACAAUCAAUUGAGACAAAAAGUCGCAUCAGGCCAAGAAACUAGAGGAAAACCAGGUCCACAACCUAUGGCAGUUAACAUGUCAGACUUG